AUGCAGAAGAGACGCAACUUCGCUCCUGAGCGGGUCAUAAUCAUUGAAGCCGAAAUCGACAAGCUUCUAGCUGCCAGUUUCAUUGAAAAGGUCUCUUACUCGGAAUGGCUGGCCAACGUUGUUCUGGUGGCGAAACAAGAAAAGGGCAAGUGGAGAGUGUGCAUCGAUUGCACCGACCUCAACAAAGCAUGCCCUAAAGACAACUUCCCAUUGCCGAGGAUCGACUAG